UGCAUCCAAGAGCACAGUGAUGUUCCUUGACGUGGACGUUGAUAUUUGGGAUGAAGUUUAACAUAAUAGCCACGCUGGUAGAAGGAGUUGUUGCCAUUGGAUUUUGGAACUGUGGAAUUAAAUAUUGUUGAAAUUUCCGCAUGAUUUUGGUGGGUCCCUUUCACAAUAAUAUGAGAAAUUGAGCGAAACUUAUUCCCGUUGUUAAUAGUAUAUAGUAUAAACGUUGAUGCUUCCAAAGCAGGCUUGUAGGAACGAACCACGUGUUCAAAAGUGUUUGUAGCUCACUGUAUUGUCAGAUGUGUUAGGGAUUUGGAUUUGCUCCGUUGUUGCUGGUGUGCGGCAGCUCAUAGGUUAAAACACUCGUCCCACCCCCCUCAGAAAGUUACGUUUUCUGUCAGAGGUGGGGUUCUCGUUGGCGAAAACGAGCUAAUUACAUUCGUAUAAAUGAAAGCAGGGAGACAGGCAUGCUGCAAAAAUAGACGUAGAACUUGCAACAAACCGUAGGCAGCUGCCACGUAGUGUCAGCAGAAGGACGAUAGGAAGCUGCAAGAGUGAAAAGUGACAGGCGUUGGAUCCAGAUCGGCUUUUGCUCUAGCAGUAUAGCUAUCUGUAGGAAGGGUCUCCCUUCGUUUCUUUGUAUUUCACCAUGGUGCUAUUACAACGUUGUUUGCUAAGAAAAAUUGCACUGCACGGGCAGCGGAGCUGUGUAUCGCAACUUGGAAAACAAAGUGCCAACCCGGCGUGGGCUUCUGCCAAACUCCGUCACUCUCCUAGAGGGAACUGCGGCUUGGGGCACUGUUACAGCACCACCUCAGGCAUCCCGGGGGUGAGGGAGCGAACGUUGAUCGCUGUGAAGCCGGACGGGGUACAGCGCCGCCUGGUGGGGCAGAUCAUGCAGCGCUUUGAGCAGAGGGGCUUCAAACUGGUGGGCCUGAAAAUGCUAAAGGCGUCUGAUGAGCUGCUGUCCCAGCACUACCACGACCUCAAUAAGAAGCCUUUCUACCCCAACCUGUUGCGCUACAUGAGCUCUGGCCCAGUGGUUGCCAUGGUGUGGGAGGGACACAAUGUGGUCAGGACGUCCCGCAUGAUGGUAGGGGACACCAACCCUGCUGAGGCCCACCCUGGCACAGUUCGGGGGGACUUCAGCGUCCAUAUAAGCAGGAAUGUGGUUCAUGCCAGUGACUCUGUGGAGGGAGCCCAGAGGGAGAUUCAGCUGUGGUUUAACCGCAAAGAGCUGAUGGACUGGGACUGUUGUGACCACAGCAGCACCUACCAGGUGUGAGAGAGCAGAGGUCAGAGGGAGGAGACAGGAGUGCCAGGGGUUGCGUCACGGCUACAUCACAUCUACCUCUACCUGCAUCCCCUAGGUGCUGCCCACAGUUCCACUGUCCUGCUCUCAAGAAAUAACGCAGUGAGAACCCAACAUCCAUUGCUGCUCUGGAGAGGAUGUGUUGUUCUAGAAGGCUAGUGAGUUCUCCUCAAGAGUUGCAGCCAAGUUGGGGUCACUCCUAGUAUGCAAUAUUGUUUUAACUUCUUUUAAAGAAAAAGAAAAGACCUUUAAAUGUAUCCCGACAGAUGCUCCCUUAUUCUUGAUUCUCAAGUGCCAAAGCUAUCCGCAGCAUCUAAAAAUCAGAACAAAAGUGGAAAAGAGUAAAAGCUCAAGUAUUCGUUUAGUUAUUGAUACCACCGAUCACCAUAAUUUUGGGCUUAAAAGUAUGUGUGGACUGUUCUGUUACAGUUGCAUCUUCCUGGGCAUUGUUAGAAAUGAUUACUUGCUAGCAAUAGUGCACACAUGCGGUCACCACCCAUAAGAAAAAAGGUGGCCCCCCUCUUCAGUGUGUUACAGGUUAUCGGUUGGGGCCCUUCAAGCAAUGGUACCUUGAGACUGGAAAUACAGUGAAGUGCCUUAGUUUACACUACAGUAACUGCUGUAAAGUGGUAUUCAAGUAUUUAUGAUGAUUGAUAACAUUUCAUAGGGAUACAGCAGCUGUUCAUCUGAGUUUUGCCAUGAUCAUACUGUACAUUCUGGUAGUGUAAUAUAAACCGGUACGUUGUAAUGUAUCCCUUG